AUGUCUCCGGCUGUUGAUACACCAACUCCUCACCUUUUCAUUGAAACCCUUAGGUCAAAGCCCACAAGCCGGGCUUCCCUGAGAAGGUCUAGUCGGACAUUUGCAAUCGCUGAAGACGACGAUGCCGGGCUGUCUCAAUCCAUAAUUCAGGCAGGAGAACAACGUCAGACAUCUCCCUUAUUCGUCCCACAGGAGGAGCACGAAAAGGAAAAUGCGACGCCCGAUAAUGGAGGAUCGAAGAGCCUCGUGGGUUCAGAUUUGCAAACUACAAAGAGCGGGCGAAUUCUGUUUACACCUUUCUUCGACGAAGCUAUCACCGAAUCCGCUUCGGAAACCCGCGGACUGGAUGACGAAGGGACGGAUCAGACGCUGGGGAAAGAUGAUACAUUACAAGAUUCGGAUCUGCCCGGUUCUUCGAAACAGCAAAAGCGGAGGAGACGAAGGCCCCUCACCCUCGAGCGCAGAAGACGCUGUUCGUCUACUCAGAGUCAGCCUGUGAACGCAUCAAAAGAGGAUUCGCCGCCAGGUGUUUCUUCUCAAACCACGUCUGAGCAUAUGCCAUCAGCUGCGAUCAUGCCUUUGGCAGACCGAAUCGCGAAGUAUAGCAAACUUACGAGACCAAGGAAACGAGCAGAGACUCCUGCCUCCGAUCGAGAACAAACUCCUGACCAAGGAGAAGAGGAGGAUGACUCCUACGUGGAACAGAGCUCUCCGGAAGUAGAGACGCCGGCUGCAGGUAUGAAUGACAAGAGAACGACUCGCCGACGGAUCUCCCGAGAUGGACCAGCCGAAGUUUCCGAGGGCAAAAAAGGCAGAUCUACCUUCCCUAUCCUCACACACCAACUGAACAGUGUGCCGACAUUACCAGCAAUCCACGAAGAUGGCGAAGCCCCAUUCGGGGAUACACUCACUGAUGUUACGAAUGAUCGUGCUCAGCCCAACGUGGUGGAUGUGCUAGCCCAGAUCUGUCGCGAAACAAUUUUGAACACGAUUGACCGCAUAGCUGAAACUACACAGCCCGGGAAACGAAGCGCAUUGAACAACAAACGGCGGGCUCUCGAAGCAUUCGGAAAAGAUCUCGAUGACGAACUGUUCGCCAUGUCCGAAGCUGUAGAGAACCGCAUCAACCUGGAAGCCCGAGUUCGGAAGACUAAACGGGAGAAAGCAGCUCUACAAGCUGAAUAUAUUGAGUUAAGGACGGAGCGGGAGCAAGUUGCGUUGAAAUGUGACGCGCUUAGACGACGGCACUGGGACCAUGAAGAGGCGACAAGACAGAAAUGGACGCUCAGUGAAGCGGCUCGACGCGUCGAGCAGGAGUUGGGCAGAAAUAUGGAAACAGAUCAUGAUGGAUUUGAGUUCCUGAUACGAAGCGUAACGACGGCAAUUAGCAGUGCAUCUGGAAAUGGUGGAAUUUUGGACAGAGUGAAGUCGUUCAAUGCCCAGUUGGAAAACAUGGCUUCGGCUUUUGAGGGGAGCAAUGUCUGA